AUGGCCACUUCUUCAGUGAGGACGUUCCCAGUUGCCCUGUGGACACCAACGUCGGCUCCCUGGCUAGGAGGAAAUACCACGCCGGGGCUGGAGGCAAAGUGCGUCUUCGACGAGGAGUUCAAGUUCAUCCUGCUGCCCAUCUCCUACAGCAUCGUCUUUGUGGUGGGGCUGCCCCUCAACUCUUGGGCCCUGUGGAUGUUCAUCUCCAAAAUGAGGCCCUGGAACGCCACCACCACCUACAUGUUCAACUUGGCUGUCUCUGACACGCUCUACGUCCUGUCCCUGCCCACCCUGGUCUACUAUUACGCCGACCGCAACAAUUGGCCCUUCGGGACCUGGCUCUGCAAGAUCGUGCGCUUCCUCUUCUAUGCCAACCUCUACAGCAGCAUCCUCUUCCUCACCUGCAUCAGCAUCCACCGCUACGUGGGCAUCUGCCACCCCAUCCGCUCCCUGAAGUGGGUGAAGACCAAGCAGGCCCGCAUCAUUUGCGUGGCUGUCUGGCUCGUCGUCACCAUCUGCCUCAUCCCCAACCUCAUCUUCGUCACCACCAGCUCCAAGGGCAACAGCACCCUGUGCCAUGACACCACCAAGCCCGAGGAUUUCGACCACUACGUGCACUACAGCUCCUCCGUCAUGGCCCUGCUCUUCGGGCUCCCCUUCCUGGUGAUCGUUGUAUGCUACUGCCUGAUGGCCAAGAGGCUCUGCCAGCCCAGCUUCUCCAGCCCCAGCCCCCGCAUGCCCUCCUACAGGAAGCGCUCCAUCAAGAUGAUCGUCAUCGUGCUCACCGUCUUUGCCGUCUGCUUCGUGCCCUUCCACAUCACCCGGACCUUGUACUACACCUCCCGCUACUUCCAAGCCAACUGCCAGACCCUCAACAUCAUCAACUUCACCUACAAGAUCACUCGGCCCCUGGCCAGCAUCAACAGCUGCCUUGACCCCAUCUUGUACUUCAUGGCUGGGGACAAGUUCCGGGGGCGGCUGCGCCGGGGGCCACUCCAGCGCCUCCGGCCCGCACCUGCAAGCGACCUUUCCUUGGUGUCCCCCUCCAUGGACAACCUCAUGGGUAGCAGCCAUGCUGCUAGUGACACCCUAGGGACAGGGACAGCACAGAGCAGAGGCUGA